AUGUGUCCCGUGGCGGCCACUGGUGCUGCAGUGUCGGUACACAUCCCGCCGCCUCCUCAACCCCCAGCCCCUCCUCCUAAGGUUCCCCAAGCCAAGGAAACAAUCAAGGAACAACCCAGCAUCAAGGAACAAUCCAGCAACAAUCAAGGAACAACCCAGCAUCAAGGAACAAUCCAGCAACAAUCAAGGAACAAUCAAGGAACAAUCCAGCAAGUCGGGAACAAUCAAGGAACAAUCAAUAAACAAUCCAGCAACAGCCAAGAAACAAUCCAGCAACAAUCAAGGAACAAUCUAGCAACAGCCAAGAAACAAUCCAGCAACAAUCAAGGAACAAUCCAGCAACAGCCAAGAAACAAUCCAGCAACAAUCAAGGAACAAUCCAGCAAGUCGGUAACAAUCAAGGAACAAUCCAGCAAGUCGGGAACAAUUAAAGAACAAUCCAGCAACAAUCAAGGAAUAAUCCAGCAACAAUCAAGGAACAAUCCAGCAACAGCCAAGGAACAAUCCAGCAACAAUCAAGGAACAAUCCAGCAAGUCGGUAACAAUCAAGGAACAAUCCAGCAAGUCGGGAUCAAGGAACAAUCCAGCAACAGCCAAGGAACAAUCCAGCAACAAUCAUGA